AUGGGGUUUGUUGUGGUGUGUGUUUUGGGUUUGUGGUGUGUGGGGGGGGGUUUUUGGGGUGUGGGGGGUUUGGUGGGAUUUGAGGUAGGGUUGUAUGGAUGUGUGGGGGGGUGGGUUUGGGGUGGGGGGUGGUGUGGGGGGUGGGGGGUAUAUGGUGUUUUUGGGAGGGUGGUGGGGGGGUAUGGGUGGUGGGUUUUGGUGUUGGGGGGGUGUGGGGGGGGGUUGGGGUGGGGGGGGUGUUAUGGUGUUUGGGAGGGUGGGGGGUGGAUGAAUGUUGGGGAUUGGUGGUGGGGGGGGGAGGGGGUAUUUGAGUGGGUGUUGUUUGGGUGGUGGUGGUUUGGGUAUGUUUUGUUGGUGUGGUUGGGUUUGGGGUGUGGUUGGGGGUGGGUGGGGGGUGUUGGAGAUGUGGGUUGUGUGGUUUUGGUGGGUUGGUGGGUGUGUGUGGGGGUGUGGGGGUUGGGGGUUGUGGGGGGGUGUGGUGGUUGUGGGGGUUGGGUUUGUUUGUGGUUGGGUGGUGGGUUGUUUGGUUUUUGGUGGGGGGGGGUGGGUUGGGGGGUUGGGGUUUGGGGGGUUGUUGUGGGUGUGGGUAUUGGUUUUGGGGUGGUGUGGUUGGGGGUGUUGGUGGGGGGGUGGUGGGGGGGGUGGGUGGGUGGGGUUUUGAGGUGUUGGGUGGGGUUGGGGGGGGGGGUGGUGGGGGGGGGGUGGGGGGGGUUGGGUUUGGGGGUGGGGGUUGAGAGUGUUGGUGGUUUUUAUUUUUUUUAUUUUUGGUGGUUGGUUUGGGUUUUGGGGGGGUGUUGGGGGGUUGGUUGUUGUUGUGGGGGGGGGGUUGUGGGGGUUUGGUUGUGUGGGGUGGUGAGUGUGUGGGUGGUGGUUGUUGGGUGUGUGUGUGUGGGGUUUGUUUGGUGUUAUUGGAUGUGGGGUUUUGUUGGUUUGUGGGUUUUGGGUAGGGUUGGGUUGGGGGGGGUGGGGGGGGGGGAUGGGGGUGGGGGGGGGGGGGGUGUGGUUGGGUGUGGUGGGGGGGAUGUGGUGUAUAAGGUGGGGUUUGUGGUGGUUGGGGUGGGGUGGGGUGUUUGGUUUGAUGUAGUAGGGGGUGGAGGGUGUGGGGGUGGGUGGGGGGGGGGGGGUUGGGGUGUGUUGGUGGGGUGUGUGGGGGGGAGUGGGUUGUUGUGGGGGGGGUGGGUUGUUGUGUGGGGGUGGGGUUGUGAAGGGGGGGGGUGGGUUGGGGGUUGGUGUGAUGGGUGUGGGGUUGUUGGUAGGGUUUGGGUAGUAAGGGGUAUUGUGGGGGGGGGGUUGAGGGGGUAUGUGGAUGUGUGGGGAUGUUUGUUGUUUUUUGGUUAUGUGUAUGUUUUUGGUGUGAAGGGGAUGAGUGUGGUGUUUGGGGGGGGGGUAUGGGGUGUGUGUGGUGGUGGGGGGUUUGUGGUUUGGGGGGUGGUUAUAGGUAUUGGGGUGUUUGGGGGGUGGGUGGGGGGGGGGGGGGGGGUGGGGGGGGUGGGGGGGGGUGGGUGGGUUUUAGGGGGGGGUGGGGGGGGGGUUGGGGUUGUUGGGUUUGUUGGAGGGUUUGUGUGGGUUGGGGGGGGUGGGGGGUUGGGGGGGGGGGUUUGGGGGAUGGUGUUUGGUUUAGGGGAGGGGUGUGUGGGAUGGGUUUGUUGUGUGGGGUUGGUGUUGUGUGGGGGGGGGGUGGUUGGGUUGGGGGGUGGUGUGUUUGGGUGGGUGGAUGGAUGUGGGUUGGGGUGUGUUUGGGGGGGGUUAGGAUUUUGGUGGGUUUUGGGGUGUUAUUGGUAUUUUUUUGGUGUUUGGGGGUUGGGGUGGGUAGGUGGGUGGUUUUUGGUUGGGGUGUGUGUAUGGGGAGGGUUGGGGGUGUGUGAGGUGUGUGGUGGGGGGGGUGUUUGGGUUGUUGUGUUGUUGUUGUUGAGGGGGGGGGUUGGGGUUGGUGGGGUGGUGGGGGGUUGGGUGGGGGGUGGUGGUGUUUGGGGGGUGGGGGGGGGGGGGGGGGGGUGGGGGGGUGUUUGGUUGGUGUGUGUUUGUUGUUGGGGGGUGUUUUGUGGUGGGGGGGGUGGGGGGAGGGGGGGUGGGUGUUGGGGGGGGUGGGGGGGUGUGGGGGGGUGUGGGGUGUUGGUGUGGGUUGGGUUGGUGGGGGGUUGGGGGGGGUUGGUUGGGGGGGGUGGGGGGGGGUGGUGGGUGGUAGUGGUGGUGGGUGUGGUUGGGGUGGGGUGUUUGUGGGGGGGGGGGGGGGGGGGGGGGGGGGGGGUGUGGGUGGUGGGGAGGUGGGUUUGGUGUGGUGGGUGUUGUUUUGUUUGUGGGGUGUGUAGGGGUUUGUGGGUUUGUGUAUUUUGGGGUGGGGGGUGGGGGGUUUGGUGGUUGGGGGGGGGGGUGGUGUGUGGGUGGUUGGGGGUUGUUGUUUGGUGGGGUUGGGGGAGUUUGUGGGGGGUUGUUGUGGUGUGUGUGUGUUGGUGUGGGGGGGGGGGGGGGGGUGGGUGGGGGUGGGUGUGUUGGUUGUGUUGGGUUGUUUGGUUGGGGUUUGGGUGUUUGUGUUGGUGGUUGAGGUGGUGUGGGGGGGGUUGGGGUGUGAGGGUGGGUGUGGGAGGGAGGGGGUUAGGGGAGGUAUUGGUUGUGGGGUAUGGGGGGGGGGAGUUGAGGGUGGUUGGUUUGGUGGUGUGGGGGGUGUGGGUGAAAGGGGGGGUGUAUUUGGGGUUGGUGGGUGGGAUGUGGUGUGGGGGGGAUGGAUGGGUGGGAAGGGGGUGUGUGGUGUUGUGGUGGGUUGGGGUGGGUGGGUGGGGGGUGGGGGGUGGGUGUGGUUGGGUAGGGGGGGUGUGGGGGGGGGGGGGGGGUGGGGGGGGGGGGGGGGUGGGGGGGUGGGUGGUUUUGGUGGGGGGGGGGGGGGGUGGGGUGGGUGUGGGUGGGGGGGUGGGGGUGGGGGGGGGUGGUGUGUGGGGGGUGGGGGGGUGUGGGGGGUGUGGGGUGGUGGGGGUGGGGGGGGGGUGGGGGGGUGGGGUGGGGGGUGGGGGGGGGGGUGGGGUGGUGUGUGGUGGGUGGGGGGGGGGGGGUGGGUUGGGGGUGGGGGGGGGGGGGGGGGGGGGGGGGGGGGGGGGGGGGGGGGGGGGGGGGUGGGGGGGGGGGGGUGGUUGUUGGGGGGGGGAUUGGGGGUGUGGUGUGGUGGUGGUGUGUUGUGUGUGGGUGUGUUGGUGGGGGUGUGGGUGUGAUUGGGGGUGGUUUUGGGGUUGGUUUGUUGUGGGUGUUGGUGUUUGUUGGGGUGUGGGGGGUUGUGGGGUGUUUGUUUGGGGGGGGGUUUGGUGGUGUAUGGGGUUGGUGGGGGGGGGGGGGGGUUGGGUAUGGAUUGGGGGGUGGGUGGGGGUUGGUGGUUUUUUGUGGUUGUGGGUGAGGUGGGGGGGGUUGGUGUGGGGUGGGUGGGGGGGUGGGGGGGGGGGGGGGGGGGGUGGGGGGGGGGGGGGGGGGGGGGGGGGUGUGUGGGGGGGGGGUGGGGGGGGUGUGGGUGGGGGGGGUGGGGUUGGUUGGGGGGGUGUGGGUGGGUGGGGUGUUGUGUUGGGGUUUGGGGUGGAUGUGGUGGGUGGUGUGGGUGGGGGAGUGGGGGGGGGGUUUGGGUGGUGGUUAGGGGGGUGGGUUGGGGGUUGGUGGUGGUGGGGGGGGGGGGUGGUGGGUUGUGGGGGUGGGGGGUUGGGUGGGGGGGGGUUGGGGUGGGUUGGUGGGUGUUGGGGGGGGUGGGUGGGGUGGGGGGGAGGUGGGUGUGGGGGUUUGGGUUGGUGGGGGGUUGUGGGGGGGGGUUGUGGGGUGUUGGGUGUUUGGAUGGGGGGUGGGUUGGGGUGUUGUGGUGAGGUUGUGGAUUUGUGUGGGGUGUGUGGUUGGUGUGGUGUGGUGGGGUGGUGUUGGGGGGGGGGGGGGGGGGGGGGUUGGGGGGGUGGUUGUUGUGGGUGGGGGGGGAGGGGGUUUUUGGGUGGGGGGGUUGGGGGGGGGGGUUGGGGGGGUGGGGGUUGUGGGGGGGGGGGGGGGUGUGUUGGGGGGGGGGAUGUGUGUGGUUGGUGGGGGUUUGGGGUAGUGGGGUGGUGGUGUUGUGAGGUGGGGGGGGGGUUUGUUUGUUGGGGGGUUUGGGGUUUGGGUGGUUGUGGGUUUGGGGGAGUUGGUGGGGGGGGGGGGGGGGGGGGGGGGGGGGGGGUGGGUGGGGUGGGGUGGUUGGGUGGGGGGGGUUGGGUGGGGUGUUUUGGGGGAUGGGUGGGUGUUGGUGGUUUUUGUGUGUGGUGUGUUUGUUUGUUUGUGGGUGUUGUGGGGUGGUUGUUUGGUGUGGUUGGGGGGUUGUUUGGGGGGUGGGGUUGGUUUGGGGUGGGGUGGUGGGGUGGUGGGUGGGGGGGGGGGGGGGGGGGUGUUGGGUUUGUGGGUGGUGUGUGUGUGUUUGUUUGGGGUGGGGGUGGGUUGGGGGGGUGUGGUGGUGGGUGGGGGGUGGGGGGGGGGGGGGGGGGGGGGUGUGGGGUGGGUGUGUUGGGGGUGGGGUGGGGGGUGGGGUGGGGGGGGGGGUGGGGUGUUGGGGGGGGUGGGGGGGUGUUGGGGUGGGGUGUGUGUGUGGGGGUGUGGGGGGGGGGGGGUUGGUUGGGGUUUGGUUGUGUGUUUUGUUUGUGGUGGGUUGGUGGGGUGGUUGGUGUGUUGGGGUAUGGUGUGGUUUAUUGGGUGGUAUGUUUUUGGAUGUGGUUUGUGGGUUGGGUUUUUGGUGGGGGGGUUGGGGGGGUUGUGUGGUGUAUUUUUGGUUGGGGUUUUUGUGUGUGUGGGUGGGGGGGGGGUGGGGGUGUUGGGUGGUUUGUUGUUUUUGUGGGUUGUUGGUUGUUUUUUGUUGGGGGGGGGUGGGGGGGGGUGGGGGUUGGUUUUUUGUGGUGGUUUGUUUUGUGGGUUUGGGGAGUUGGGUUAGGGGGGGGGGAUUGGGUUUUAGGGUUGGGGGUGGGGGGGUGGGGGUUGGUGUGGUUUGUGUAUAGGGGUGUGAUGUGUGUGUUGUUGUGUGUUGGGUGGUUGGUGGGGGGGGGGGUGUGGGGGGGGGGGGUGGGUGGGGGAGUUGGGGGGGGGGGGGGUGGUGGGAUUGUUUGUUUGGGGGGUAGGGGGGUGGGGAGGGUUGGGGGGGGGGGGUUGUGGUGGGGGAGGGUUGGGGGGGUGGGGUGGGGGGGUUGGGGUGUUGGUGGGGUUUUGGUGGGGGGAGGGGGGUGGGUGUGGGUUUGGUGGGGGGGGGUGGGGUGGGGGAGUGUUUGGGGGGGGUGGGGGGGGUGGGUGGUGGUGGGGGGGGGUGGGGGUGGGUGGGGGGGUGGGGUUGUUGUGGUGGGGGAGUGGGGGGGGGUGGGGUGGGUGUGGGGGGUGUGGGGGGUUUGUGGUGUUUGGGGGGUGGGUGUUGGGGGGGUGGGGGGGUUUGGGGGGGGGGGGGUGGUUUGGUGGGUGGUGGGUGUGGGGUGUGGGGGUUUGUGUGGGGGUAGUGGGGUUGUGGGUGUGGGGGGGGGGUUGGGUGGGGGGGGUGGGUUUGGGGGGGGGGGGGGGGGGUUGGGGGGGGGGGGGGUGGGGGUGGUUUGGGGUGGGGGGGUGGGGUGGGGGGGUUGGGUGUGGGGGGGGUGUUGUGUUGGGGGGGGUGGGGGGGGGGGUUGUUGUGUUGGGGGUUUUGAUGUGGGGGGUUGGGGGGGUGUGUGUGGGUGGUGUGGGUGGUGGGGGUUUAUUUUUGGGGGUGGGUGGGGGGGUUGA